UGCUGGCAGCCGCUGGUGGGCGCAUGUUGGGGCGCGCGGCGUGGCGGCGCUGCCCACGGGGGCGGAGGCGCAGCCGGGAGGUGCUGCUGGCGCUGCUGGCGCUGCUGGCGCUGGUCGGGCUGGGAUCGGUCCUGCGGGAGCAUCGCGGGGCCAGAGGGGCUGAUUCAGGACCCCCGCGCACCCCGCGCUCCGGCCGGCGCGACCCGGUUCUGCCGCGGCCCCCGGUGCCCGAGGACGCUUUGGGCUCGCGGGGCGAGGCGGUGCGGCUGCAGCUGGAGGGCGAGGAGCUGCGGCUGCAGGAAGAGAGCGUGCGGCUGCAUCAGAUCAACAUCUACCUUAGCGAUCGCAUCUCGCUGCACCGCCGCCUGCCGGAGCGCUGGAACCCGCUGUGCAGAGAAAAGAAAUACAAUUAUGAUCAGUUGCCCACGACAUCUGUUGUCAUAGCAUUUUAUAAUGAAGCCUGGUCAACACUCCUUCGGACAGUUUACAGUGUCCUAGAGACGUCCCCAGACAUCCUGCUAGAAGAAGUUAUCCUCGUAGAUGACUACAGUGAUAGAGAGCACCUGAAGGAGCGCCUGGCCAAGGAGCUGUCCCGGCUGCCCAAGGUGCGCCUGAUCCGCGCCCACAAGAGGGAGGGCCUGGUGCGAGCCCGGCUGCUGGGGGCCUCCGCAGCGAAGGGCCAAGUGCUGACCUUCCUGGACUGCCACUGUGAGUGCCACGAGGGGUGGCUGGAGCCGCUGCUGCAGAGGAUCCACGAAGAGGAGUCGGCAGUGGUGUGUCCUGUGAUUGAUGUGAUCGACUGGAACACUUUUGAGUACCUGGGGAACUCCGGGGAACCCCAGAUCGGCGGUUUCGACUGGAGGCUGGUGUUCACGUGGCACGUGGUUCCCGAGAGGGAGAGGAUGCGGAUGCGGUCCCCCGUUGAUGUCAUCAGGUCUCCAACAAUGGCUGGUGGGCUGUUCGCUGUGAGUAAGAAAUAUUUUGAAUACCUGGGGUCUUAUGAUACAGGAAUGGAAGUUUGGGGCGGAGAAAACCUCGAAUUCUCCUUUAGGAUCUGGCAGUGCGGUGGGACCCUGGAGACACACCCGUGUUCUCACGUCGGCCACGUUUUCCCCAAGCAAGCGCCCUACUCCCGCAAGCAGGCUCUGGCCAACAGUGUCCGGGCAGCUGAAGUGUGGAUGGAUGAAUUUAAGGAGCUCUACUACCAUCGCAAUCCCCAUGCCCGCCUGGAGCCCUUUGGGGACGUGACCGAGAGGAAGCAGCUCCGUGCCAAGCUUCAGUGUAAGGACUUCAAAUGGUUCUUGGACACUGUGUAUCCAGAGCUGCACGUGCCGGAAGACAGGCCUGGCUUCUUUGGGAUGCUCCAGAACAGAGGACUGAAAGAGUACUGCUUUGACUAUAACCCUCCCAACGAACAGGACCUCACGGGACACCAGGUCCUCCUGUACCAGUGUCACGGGCUGGGCCAGAACCAGUUUUUCGAGUACACGUCCCAGAAUGAAAUUCGCUAUAACACCCACCAGCCAGAGGUCUGCGUAGCUGUGGAGGCAGGAGCAGAUAUUCUCAUCAUGCACCUCUGUGAGGAAGCAGCCCCAGAGAACCAGAAGUUCGUCCUGCAGGAGGAUGGUUCUUUAUUUCAUAUGCAAUCCAAGAAAUGUGUUCAGGCUGAGAGGAAGGCAUUCACCGACAGUUUCGUACCACUCUUACGAGACUGCACCAACUCGGAACAACAGAAAUGGUUCUUCAAAGAACGCAUGUCAUAAAGUAUCACUGCACCAAGGAGACCAGCAUGGGAGAUGGGGGCCCCUGGACGUAGCCCAGCAGAGACUUAGCUAAGUACAGUGACAGACCCACCAAAAACUUGGCUGCUCUAUUUUAAUAAGGAAAUCACUGUGCACUUUGUGAAAGCAGUGUGGUAAGAAUGUGAAUAAGCUUUGUACUGAUUUUUAAAACUUUAAAAUUGUUCCCAAAUACCCUAUUUUCAAAGGGUAAUUAUAAACUGUUUACUCUUGGUAGUCAGAGAAUUAAAAACCUUUACAUAUUUUUCUAUCAAGAUGUAUAUUUUACUGUUGUACCUUUUC